AGAGCCUCCCAAUUUAGGUGCCAAAGAGCGACACGGUGUACAAAUAUGCUGUCUUACAUCAAACGCAAGCUCUCCGAGUCCGACGGCGGUUCUAGCGUCGUACCCGUGACGUCCUCGUGUGGCGGAGGCGUCAGAAGUAGCAGGAGCAGCAGCAGCACUACCAACAGCAGCAACAGCUCUAGCGGCCGCACAUCGGCGGACGAUUUAGUGCGCAAAACGAGUCAGAUGUCGAUGGAUAAUGAAGCGAUUGCCUACGGCGAGGACGCACUGCUGCAAGAUCUUGGCUACAAGAACGCCACGGACCUGCAAGAGACCAUCUACGGUUUGUUGCGCGGCAUACGCGAUCCCGAGAAGCCCUGCACUCUGGAGGAUCUGAAUGUGAUCUACGAGGACGGUAUAUUCGUCCUGCCCCCCACACGCUCGAAUGUAUCUGUUGUACGCAUCGAAUUCAACCUGACGGUGCCGCACUGCUCCCUGGCUCCCUGGCCGCACAACAUUAAGCUGGACAUUUACAUCAAAAAAGGAGCUCAUCAAACGGAAGACGAAAUCAACAAGCAAAUCAAUGACAAGGAGCGCAUUGCUGCGGCCAUGGAGAACACCAAUCUUCGUCAUUUGGUCGAAAACUGCAUCAAGGAUGAGGAGUAGCUCGGCGUCGCGACUUACUUUUUAAAUACCCAUUUUCGUAGGGAGACUUUUGUGUUUAGGGUUAAGUCUAGCAAUAAGGUGCCUCUUGGACUGUGUGCAUUAAAGCCCCAUAGAUCUGUUAAUCAGCGAAAAGUCGAUCGGCGUAGCUCAUUUCUGUUUUCCCCAUUGUUUACCGAUAAGCGCAGAAAGCACAUUUCCAUUUCUAUUCGAGGCUUCCCCUAUCGCUCAUUGUUUACGUUCUGUGUGUAGCCGGAACGAUAUGACCGACCGAAGACGGCAAGACCGUGUGCACACCGCUGUCAUGGCGCCGCCGCUGGCUAGUGAAUGAAAUCAUUUUGCGGCACGCUUUACAUCGGACAAAAGGCCCGCCAUGUUGGGCGUGACAGGCUUAAAGUUAUCAGCUCCAGCAGCACUAAAAUUUUAGGUGGAGUGGGUGGAAUGGAGAAGUGGAGAACAAGCAGAGGGCAUACACCUGCGGCUGACACACAUUUGAUUCUUAACAGACGAGCGACUCUCUGGUUCCCCCUUGAGCGGCUUGUCGCUGCUUCUGCUCCAAUUUUCUUUUCCCGGCUUUCCAUUUGGUAAAUUGCGCUCUCGGCUGCCAUGUCUCCCCCUCCCCCAGGCAGUAAUAAAUAUUUAGCAAUAUCAAUUAGAUGCUUGCCCUCGCUCUCAAAAGACUUCAAACUAAUUUUCAAAGACUUGGCAAAAAACAAGCCAUGAAGCAAUUAAAACCAUUGCCGCUGCAAACUUUUUACCAGCCAAUGUGUCGUGGAAGGCAGGUCAGGGUCCUUCCUGGCGGCCCAUAGAGACCAAGAAACGCAAUAAAAA